GUAAUUUUCAAAAGAUUGGCAAUUUCCCAGGUCAGUCAUUAAUAUGAUUAUGGAUUUUUGGCUAUGAAGUAGGUAAACAAACUGGAAUAUUGAUAUAAGCAAAAAAGUGUGUUGAAUAUUGAUAAACUCUUGACACAAUGGACUGUUAACCCAUAGGUUUUUAUUUUCGGAAUCGGUUAAAUUUAAUUCUGUGAUUACAGUAGUUUGUUUGGUAACUGCAAGCAAUGCAGUAGUGGUGCAUUACGAUUCGAACCGAGUGCCGUAUAUAAUUGUGAUAUAAUAGUUUUUAAAUUCUUAGUGUACAGCGAUAAAAUACUCAUUAGCUUAAACAAAUAUGCCGCGAUUAUUAUCUUCGUUGAGUCUCCAUCGCCAUGGGAUUAAUAUGCGCCGAUCGGGUCUUACGUCAUUAUUCAGAACCAGCAGCUCAGCUGUUCAGUUGCCGUCGUCGCAAAUUAAUCACAACACCAACGUUCGUACCAUGGCCACCCAAGCAAAACCCACCCUCACCAUGGAAAACCUUAACCCCAACAUCAAGGUGAUGGAGUACGCAGUGAGGGGCCCCCUUGUCAUCCGUGCCGGCGAAAUCGAAAAGGAACUCGAAAAGGGAGUUAAGAAACCAUUUACCGAAGUUAUCAAAGCAAAUAUCGGCGAUUGCCAUGCCAUGGGUCAGGUGCCCAUCACCUUCAUCAGGGAAGUGUUGGCUUUGGUUACGUACCCAAAACUUCUAGAAGACCCAUCUUUUCCGGAUGACGCCAAGAUGCGCGCCAAACUGAUUUUGGCCGGAUGCAGAGGGUCGUCUGUGGGAUCGUACACCGACUCCCCCGGCAUCGAAAUCAUCAGAAAACACGCUGCUGAGUAUAUCGAAAGAAGAGACGGAAUCCCGGCCGAUUGGCAGAAUAUCGUCAUUAGUGCUGGCGCCAGUGACGCCAUUAAGAACGUAUUAAAACUUCUUAUCUGCGAUGUUAAUGGCAAGAAACCUGGUGUUAUGGUACCAAUCCCCCAGUACCCCCUUUACUCAGCUUCUUUGGCUGAAUUCAAUAUGCACCAAAUUGGAUACUUUUUGGACGAAAGCAGAAACUGGGGACUCGAUAUUGCCGAACUUAACAGGUCAAUUCAAGAAGCCAGAAAAGUAUCAAACCCAAGAGCCAUUGUUGUCAUCAACCCAGGAAACCCCACUGGUCAAGUAUUAUCGCGCGAAAACAUCGAAGAAAUCAUCAAGUUUGCUCACAAAGAAGGUCUAUUCAUUUUUGCCGAUGAAGUAUACCAAGACAAUGUCUACGCUGAAGGAUCCAAAUUCUUCUCUUUCAAAAAGGUAUUGAUGGAAAUGGGUGCACCUUUCAGCAACAUGGAGCUUGCCAGUUUUAUGUCUUGCUCCAAAGGCUACAUGGGUGAAUGUGGACUUAGAGGAGGCUAUGCCGAAGUCCUCAACAUGGAACCAAAAGUUAAAGCAAUGUACCUGAAGGCCAUUAGUGCGAUGUUGUGCCCAACAGUAUUAGGACAAGCCUGUCUUGAUACCAUCAUGUACCCACCUCAACCUGGUGAGCCCAGUUAUGAUAACUUCCUCAAGGAGAAGAAUGGAGUAUUGGACUCACUUAAGUUGAGAGCUAAAAUGGUAGCAGAUGCCUUCAACUCAAUGGAAGGUUUUAGCUGUAACACUGUACAAGGCGCCAUGUAUGCCUUCCCUAACAUGAAACUGCCCCCGAAAGCGAUCGAAGAAGCCAAGAAACAAAACAAGGCUCCAGACGCCUUCUACGCCUUCGAACUUUUGGAAAACACCGGUAUUUGCAUCGUACCUGGUUCCGGUUUCGGACAGCAACCUGGCACAUAUCACUUCAGAACAACCAUUCUGCCACAACCAGAAAAAUUAAAAGAAAUGUUAAACAAAUUCGCCGAAUUUCACAAAAAAUUCUUGCAGAAGUGGUGCUAAAUUAAUUGAUGAGUAUUAUUAAGUAAAUAUCUGUUGUUAUUGUUAAAUUUCGUAUGUAAAUAUCAAAAAUCGUAGCGAUUGUUGUAAGUUUCAAAUUAACAAUAAUUGUAAAAAUCUGAAGUUCAGUAAAUAAAACCUGUAAAGUCCAAGACGAUAAAUUAUUAAUAAUAAUAAAUUUAUUCAAUCACA